CGCUGAGCUACACAUCUCUCCAUUUAGGAAAUAAUUUGCCUGCUUGUGAGCAAUGGAGGAAAUUUCUGCCCGUGCUGAAUCUGCUGAACAAGACAACCCAAAACCGUCAACACAUCACACAGGUCCAAACAGCUGUAAGGGGAAUCGUUAUUUAGGUGUCAUUGUGUUUUGGAGUCUGCUGGGUGUUUUACUUCUAACUAGAUUUGUCACUCAUGGUGUCCACUACUUCAUUAUGAUUGAGGAAAGAGACAGCCUGAAUGCAAAUCUCUCCACUGUGAGUAAAAAACUUGCCGUCAUGAGUGAGGAAAGAGACCUGCUGCGUGCCAACCUCUCUGAAAAUCUCAACGAGUUUGAAAGGCUUCUGAGUUUGUACAAACAGAAAAAAACAUGUCCUGUAGGAUGGAGCAGCUUCAGCCAUAGCUGCUAUCUCCUCUCGGAAAGCUUUGGUUCCUGGGAUGCAGCCAGAAAGGACUGCAAAGACAGAGGAGCAGAUCUGGUGGUUAUUGACAGCGCUGAAGAACAGACCUUUCUCUCUACGAUCACCACAAAAGACGCUUGGAUUGGUUUAAAUGACAAAGAACAGGAGGGAACAUGGAAAUGGGUAGAUGGGACUCCACUGACUCUGACGUACUGGGCAAAAACACAACCUGAUAAUGGUGGAAAACAGGACUGUGCUUAUGUCACAAAGGAUGAGAGAAGGUCUUGGGGUGAUGGUUGGUGUUUGAUAGAAUAUCGUCAAUGGAUCUGCGAAAAAACACCAAACCCAAAAAAUACAUGUCCUGUAGGAUGGAGCAGCUUCAACCAUAGCUGCUAUCUCCUCUCUGAAAGCUUUGGUUCCUGGGAUGCAGCCAGAAGGGACUGCAGAGGCAGAGAAGCAGAUCUGGUGGUUAUUAACAGCCCUGAAGAACAGAACUUACUCUCUAAAAUCACCACAGAAGUUUGGAUUGGUUUGAAUGACAAAGAACAGGAGGGAACAUGGAAAUGGGUAGAUGGGACUCCACUGAAUGUGACGUACUGGGCAAGUGGUCAGCCUGAUAAUGGUGGAGAAGAGGACUGUGCUCAUGUCAUAUGGGAUAAACAAAAAUUUUGGAAUGACCUUUCAUGUUCAUCUUCUCGUCACUGGAUCUGUGAAAAAGUUUCAGAAAACAACUGAUUUCAGAGAGAUGACCUAUUCAUAAAUGUUUUGCAGUUUUAUCUUUAACUGCAUUAAGUAUAAUUCUGUGUUGCAAUUUUAGCCUAAAAUGAGGUGUUUGGUCUCUAGGUGUGGUUUUUUGUUGUUUUUUUUUUAAUAUGUAUGUUUACUUUUAUAAUAUACCAUAUUUUCCGCACUUAAAAUCCCUUAAUUUUCUGAAAAAUUGACAGUGCACCUUAUAAUCUGGUGCGCCUUAUGUAUGAAUUCUGGUUGUGCUUACUGACCUCGAACCACUUUUAUGUUGUACACAGCGCUCAAAUGUCUGUCAAAAAAAAUGUUUUAGUACGACUUUGGUAAGCUAUGAAGCAGCACCGCUUGAUGGAUUGUCGGAGCAUUACGACUACCGUAGUCAGGAG